GUUUCGUUCAACUGACAGAGCGCGUCCCUCAACAUUUAAAAAUGCAUCAGCUUGAAUUUCUAUCGCUAACCUGAGCUCUCUCUGAAAGGUAUAAAUUAGUGUUUGACUGAGAAUUCCACUGUGAGUUGCAGAAUACGACAACUUGCACGAUACAGAACUGUAAAGCAAGAUGAAGCAUUCCCAGCCCCUUUGCCUUUAAAAUGCCAUGGAAGCACAGAGGCUCUCGGCAGAACACCUUAUCAGCUCUCCAAGGCUGUGACUCUUCAUCCUUUCCUUAUGAAGACCCAGGGGAUUGCUUACUUAGCAUACACCAGAGGCAAUGGAUAGGGUGAGCAGCCACUGCAGCCAGAAACCCCCAGUAGCGAGCACGGGCAAUUCCCCUCCACAGGCAGAGACUUUGGAGCUGAAUUGUGCUGAGUAGAGAACCCUCCGGCUGAGCGAGCCAUGUGUGCCCGGGAGGAGCAGCCCCUCUGGCUCCGCUGAAAAGCAAUGCAGAACAUAUGUGCCUUUCUAGUGCACUUCGAAGCUUGGCCAGCUGGAAGCAGGAGCUGUAGCAAACUGCUGUGGAGCCUGUUUGGAAGCUGACUCCAGCACAGGAAUUGAAAUAAAUGAAUUUGGCAUCUAAAAGGAGGUUUUGUGGAGUCAACGCUUUGUAAGCAGAGGACGCAGCGAGAUUUGGCAAGAACACCCCGGUGAGAACUGCUUCCAGGUCUGGGUGGAGGUGAACCUGAGCGCAGCCCGGACGCCGCUGAAGCUCCCCCGACUGACAAAACUUUUAAAAUAUGACUGCAGGGAGGAUUUUAUCUGCACAAUGCUGCUAUGCUGGGAUGUGACAGGCUUCCUACCCAGGUCUGGAAGGUGGUUGAUGAUGUUAGGAGUAAAUUCAAACCCCGAUGAAGAGCGGCCUGAGCAAUGGAGGUGCCAACCCCAGAGCCCGUGUACGUCGACGUGGACAAGGGACUGACGUUAGCAUGUUUUGUCUUCCUCUGCCUCUUCCUGAUUGUGAUGAUCAUUCGCUGUGCAAAAGUCAUCAUGGACCCUUACAGCGCCAUCCCGACAUCCACGUGGGAGGAGCAGCAUCUCGACGACUGACAGGGAUUCUCUGCCAGACAGAGCCAUAGGAUGCUCUGCUCCAGGAGGCCUUUUCCCAUGGGAAGGCUGACAUGCAAACAGCCAUUUUAAGAUAUGCAAGGCAAAGGCAAUAUCUCCAAGAGCACAUAGUGUAAAUUCUUUUUUUUUUUUGCUCAACAGGUCAAGGUAUCAGCAAGACUUUCUGGCAGCAGAGUUUACUACUAUGCAGCAAUUCUUAUUUUACAGUUGUCAUUUUAACUCAAGUAGCACAAGAUUCUCCAGACUUUUCCUAAUAUAAAUCUUGGUCUAGCACAGUUUGUCCCACCCUCAUUACCACCCGCAAACCCAGGGUAACCAUCAAUACCAUGAAAAAGCAACAGGAGUAUUUUGUCUUUCCUGGAAACAGAUUGCUUCAAAUAUUGAUUGCUUCCUCGGUCAUUAUGGGUGCAUUUUAGGAAAGGCCCAGUUUUUAUAUACCAGAGCAUCACUAAGUAGAAGUGCCGAAGUACCUCUGGCUAAGUAGAGUUAAACAAGCAGAUCUAUUCCUGACUCAUUUGGUUCUGCACACACCCUCCUUACCCCACUGCAGCCAUAUUUCCAGUGACUAGGAUUCAGAAACACUCAGACUUAGGGGGUCCUGCACUGCUGUAGACCCCAUAGCACCACUUUGCACCAUCCUAGUCAUGCAAAAACCAGGGAUAUCCUCUGUCAUGGGACCUUGGAUUAGCCAGGCCACUGACUCUGACACUGAUCCCUGGAGCAGAGCCUGGGCACUGCUGAUGUCAACCACAUAGAACUUGCUGUGAUUUUCAAAGAGUGAUUUCACAUGCAAUUUCACCCAUCUUUUGCUUCAGGUGUACUUCAGUGGGAUGAGACAGGAGUAGAAUGACAAGGACAAUAAGCAGAGAGACUUUUCUCCUGGCUUUGUCAUCCAGACUCCUCAGCAUAACAUUUACAGUAACACAAAAUAAUAAGCAUUCUACCUCGGAGAAAUUCAGCUCCUUCAAAGGAGGAUUUUCCCCACGAAUUUGUGAGGUACGUUUCCUUCUCUCAAUUCAUUAAUACAGACAUUAUGCAAGAAGGCACAAGUGAACAUGGGAGCCCUGGAGUUGUAUUAUUUACCUUUGAAGAGUGGGGACUGCAGCAUUCCAAAGUUCUCUAUUCCUCAGAUUCUAAGGUUUGCUCAUACCUGCCUUUUCUUUCAUGGCUACAUGUUCCACAUACGGGAUUGAAAGGAGCAAUUCAGAGCAGGUACUGCAACCACAGCCAGCAGCACCAACAGACAAGGCUAGAAAGCACAAAACUUCAGGAAAGGCAUUUCUCCUCCUCACCCUCCUGCCUGACACCCCCAGGUUCUUGCCAUUAGACAACGCACAGAGGGUGAGAAAGGUGGAAGCAAAGGCUGUGACAAGAAAAUUUGGACACAGACUUCAUAAGGCACUGUUCCAGCUCUGACAGAUUUGUUUGAUGUUCACACAAGCCAAUCUUUAUGUGCCUCAGUCUACUCAUCAGUGAAAUGGGUGUAACAAUUUCAUCAUGUCACACCUCAUUUUGUCUGUCUAAUAAUACCAGAAAGCACCUGGAGAGCCUUAGAUAGGGACACAGAAAUGUUCUUACUUGCAACUCUUCCUGCUAAAACCAGUAGGGAAGGUCUGGAUCUUGUUAUACUUCAGGGCUGUUCUCCCCAGGCAGAGAACUUGUCCAGACCCCCAUUUACCCUCUCAUUGCAGUAUUCUGGGCCAAGCCAAAAGGCACCUGGCUUUUUUACAUAGCCCACUGAUUUCUGAGGAUGUAAGGUGCUCAACACUGCGAAUACAGAGAUCCCAGGCUAUGAGGCAUAUGGAGACUUUUGCAUGGAUCUUUUGAACCACACAAUUUUUGCCGAUCUCCGUUGUAGGAGAUUCCAUUCCUGAGGCAGGAAAUUCAAAAAUUAGCUUUCCUCCUGAUGUCCUCCAGCAAGAGACCCCCACUGCUCCCAUUCCCCACUGCAGAUUGCUCCUCAGGCUGUUAUUUACCUUCAGCUUCUGCUAGCCAGGUAAUCACCAGUAAGAGAGCACUUUUUUCAGGCUUGAUUGUUAAAUAUUCAUCAUACUUGGAGCAAACCCACACUGUUCUCUCUUAUUCGUGGAUAAGUCCAUCUGUGCCAUAGGAAUGGAUGUCCUAGCUCCAAGAACAACACCUCUCUUCCUGGGCCAAACAGGUUCCUUUGGAACCUGUAUUUUGUCAUUAAAUCUUGUAUCCCUCAGGUGGGGCUAUCUUCAAAAUAAGCAAAAUAACAAAAUGAUGCCCAGGCUAGGGACACUUUCAGUUUGCAGGUCACCUGGCUGAGUUCACAGCUGAUGCAAAGCAAGGACAGAGCUUGUCCUCACACCUCUCAGUGCCAAUACUCCACUCGGUGUUUAUCUGCAUGCCAGACUCUUUGGCAUUGUCACAUGUCACUGAUAAGCCCCAGUUCAGCUAAGGACUCAUUCAGGUGCUGAAGUUUAAGCCUCUGAGCAGGCUGCCCAACUGCAGAGACCAGGGCCAGGCCUGUGGCAUGUUCCUGGCAGGGCAGGGACAGCAGCACAGAGUCCUUGCAGGAGCAAAGCCUGUCUGAGAAUGAAGGGUUACAAAUGCUGAGGGAACAAAUUGACAGAUCUGUUUUGCAAGGAUGGUUGCCACUUUUUUGUCUCUUUGUCCAGCUGAACAAACCAUUUUAUGGAUUUUCCUGAAAAUCCUAAUGAAAAGACCCCACUGGGUAGCUCUAUUUUCUAAUAAAAAGGCACUUGUCCUCCUGGCAUUACCUGUCAAGUCCAUCCUUCUGUUGACAAAAAAUGGCUUUAUAAAAAUCUCGAUAUUCACACACAUGACUGCAUAAAAGUCAACGUGAUUGUUUUUAUAGAGAAAACGUAAAUCUAUUUAUCUCUUCACUCUUGUGACCAGGAGCAGGACUUGAGGCUGUCUGAGCUCAAGGAGCCUUUGGACAACACCCUCAGGCACACAGUGGCAUUUUUGGGAUGUCCUGUGCCAGGCCAGGAGUCGGACUCAAUGACCCCGAUCGAGUUGGGGUCCCUCCCAACUCAGCACGUCCUAAAUUCAUUCUGAUUUCCGCCUUUCCCCACCGGUUACAAUCCCACAGCCUCACUCCUCUUUAACCAAAAGCAAUACUGAUCAUCAUGCCCAAGCCAUGCCAUGCUCCUUCCCCUGGCAGCCAGGGCUCCCCCACCCCAGGUGCGUCGCUGCAGCUCCGGCCCCGCCGGCAAAUCCGUGCUCACGGCCAGGGAGGGGCUCUGCCAGCAGGACCUACAUCACUGGGCUUGGUAGUAAUUUCAGCUGCAUGCAACAAGUGCCUCUGCUAGUUUCGGUUCUUUUUUAAUCAUUGUGCCGUACUACCAGCAACCGCACUCAGAGGAUAGAAGUCAAAAACUUGU